AUGAGCUCUUCGACGUCUUCCUCCCCCGAUUCCCUCUUCUCGGAGCUCUCAGAGGCGCCGAACAGUCCUGAACAGGUGUCAUGCCCAGCCGCCAGCCGAAGAUGCCCGCCCAUCCCCGGGCUCUAUGUCUUUCCAAGUCUAAUCCCUGAAAGCAUAUCUCAGCGAGCUCUACAAGCCAUCGGAGAUGACGACCUCUUCCACGGCGGGGUCCGAGACCAAGUCAUGCUAUUCGAACCUCCCCCCUCUCAAACCGCUCGCAAACCUCUCCCAUCCUACAUGACAUCACUCUUAUCCUCCAUCCGCAACCUCAUAUCAGACUCUAUACCACCCAAAGUCGGCUCUGUCGUCUUCAAACAAGACCUCGCGCGGCAGGUGAUCGUCAACCUCUACCCUCCCGGCCAAGGCAUUUCGUCGCAUAUCGACUUGCCGAAUAGGUAUGCGGAUGGUAUAAUCGGCUGUUCGCUGAUCGGGGGAUGCGUCAUGUCAUUCUCCCGACCCGUGCCCGACUCUGCCUCUGAGCUUGGGGUUUACAGGGUGUAUCUCCCGCCUCGGUCUAUCUAUAUCCUCUCGGGUGCCGCGAGGUGGGAGUGGGCUCAUGGGAUUGCGGGAACGCUGGAGGAUGUCGUAGAGAGGGAGGAUGGGGAGGGGGAGGAUACGCUGCUAAGGGAUUUGAGAGUGAGCGUUACGUUUAGGUGGAUGAAGGAUGGAGCGGAUGUCCUGUCGUAG